AUGGCUACCGAACUCCCUACACGAGCGACAAAUGGCGAGGGCGCAGCUCCGGAUACUGCCGGCGAGCAGAACUUCACCGUCAAGACGGGAUUAGCCCGCAUGCUCAAGGGAGGUGUCAUUAUGGAUGUGGUGGAUGCUAAGCAGGCGCGGAUAGCAGAAGAAGCCGGCGCUGUGGCAGUCAUGGCUCUAGAGCGUGUCCCUGCAGACAUCAGAGCGGAAGGUGGAGUAGCACGAAUGUCAGACCCCAAGAUGAUCAAGGAGAUCAUGAACACAGUGACCAUCCCCGUCAUGGCCAAGGCACGGAUUGGGCACUUUGUUGAAUGCCAGAUCCUCGAGGCAAUUGGCAUAGAUUAUAUCGACGAGUCCGAAGUCCUCACCCCCGCCGACCACGCACACCACGUUGAGAAGCACUCCUUCAAAAGCCCCUUCGUCUGCGGUUGCCGCAACUUGGGCGAAGCCCUCCGCCGCAUCAGCGAAGGCGCCGCCAUGAUCCGCACAAAGGGCGAAGCCGGCACCGGCGACGUGAUUGAAGCAGUCCGCCACAUGCGAACCCUCAACGCUGAGAUUGCCCAUGCGCGCAACAUGUCAGACGCCGAACUGCGUGUGCUAGCUAAGGAUAUCCAAGCCCCAUACGACCUGCUGAAGGAGACCGCGAAGCUUGGACGUCUGCCAGUUGUGAAUUUCGCCGCUGGAGGAAUUGCUACGCCCGCGGAUGCUGCGCUUAUGAUGCAGUUGGGCUGUGAUGGUGUUUUUGUUGGGAGCGGGAUUUUCAAGAGCGGUGAUGCGGCUAAGAGGGCGAAGGCUAUUGUGCAGGCUGUUACGCAUUUUAAUGAUCCCAAGGUUUUGGCCGAGGUUAGCGAGGAUUUGGGUGAGGCGAUGGUGGGAUUGAACUGCUCGUCGAUGGAUGAGAAGGAUAAGAUGCAGGGGAGAGGAUGGUGA